AUGGCGCUGUCCCACCGCCAGUACAUCGACGCCCUGCGGGAGGCCCUGGGCCCUGCGCUGUGCGUGCGGGGAUUCCCCUGCCAGGACGUCGAGCGCCACAACAAGCCUGAGGUGGAGUACCAGAGCAGCGGGGAGCUGCUGCUGGAGCCCGUGACGGUGGCGCGCAGCGACGGCGCGAGGGUGCUCAUCGAGGGCGCCAUAAACUCCGUGAGGGUCAGCGUCAAGAUCAAGCAGUCAGACGCCCUGGAGCAGAUCCUGGUGCGCAUGUACAUGCGCUUCCUCAUGCAGCGCGCCGAGAGCUUCGAGAUCCUGAGGCGCGUGCCAGUGGAGGACUACGACAUCAGCUUCCUCAUUACCGACGCGCACUGCCUGCGCAUGAGCAGGCGGGGCCUGCAGGAGUUCAUAUGCGGCCUGGUGGCCGACAUGGACGCCGAGAUAAGCAGGCUGAAGCUGGCCGUCAACACGCGGGGCAGGGCGGUGGCCAGCGAGUUCCUGCGGUCCAUGACGGCCUGA